GGUCUCCUCCCCCCUCCCCGCCUUCGUUUUCUCUCUGCCUCCUUCCAAGUUUCCUUCUUCACUUGUACCAGAGCAGAAUUCUGAUGGAACUGCAAAGAUGUUCGUAUCCAGACUCCUGGAUUUUCAAAAGACAAAAUAUGCAAGGUUCAUGAAUCACAGGGUUCCGGCCAACAAAAGGUACCAGCCUACAGAAUAUGAACAUGCAGCCAACUGUGCCACACAUGCUUUCUGGAUUAUCCCCAGCAUCCUUGGCAGUUCCAACCUUUACUUCCUGUCUGACGAUGAUUGGGAAACGAUUUCUGCUUGGAUCUAUGGCUUUGGCCUGUGUGGCCUCUUUGUUGUCUCCACAAUUUUCCACACUGUCUCCUGGAAGAAAAGACACCUCAGGAUGGUGGAACACUGCCUGCAUAUGUUUGACAGAAUGGUGAUCUAUUUCUUUAUAGCAGCAUCAUACGCCCCCUGGCUUAAUCUUCGGGAGCUUGGUCCCUGGGCCUCCCACAUGCGCUGGAUUGUCUGGAUCAUGGCUUCUGUUGGGACCAUCUAUGUGUUCUUCUUCCAUGAACGAUACAAACUUGUGGAGCUGCUGUGCUAUGUCGUGAUGGGUUUUUUCCCAGCCCUAGUCAUCCUCUCUAUGCCCAACACCGAUGGAAUCUUGGAGCUCAUGACCGGAGGUUUCUUUUACUGCUUUGGGAUGGUGUUCUUCAAGAGCGACGGGCGGAUACCCUUUGCCCAUGCCAUCUGGCACCUCUUUGUGGCAUUUGGAGCUGGCACACACUACUAUGCCAUCUGGAGGUACCUCUACCAGCCCAACACACUGGAGUCUAAAGUGUCCAAAUGAGACGUCAAAGAAUCUCACGAUAAGCCUGGUGCCCUUGGAACAGUGCAUUAGAGGAGAUGUUACUGGGAUGAGGCCCUGCUCAGAGGUUCCAGGCCUGUCUUUUGCUUCAUUGCUGGAUGUUUCUUUUGGAUGGGUCCUGGGUCAUGUCUGGUGAUUGCCAGAAACCUCUAGGGUAUCUGGUGCAGGAAAAAGGCACUAGAAGGCUUUAUCAGAGGGCAAAACAUUAACCAGAUACUUUGUUUAUGUUUUAGACAAGUGUUCUAUAACAAAAAUCAACACUAAUGUCUUCAGGAAAGGGAACUGAUCUCUUUCUGGAAACAAAAGGGCAUGAUAGGCAAAGAUUUUGUUCACAGGGUCCUGAAAACCUUUAAAAUGACAAUUAUACUCCUCUAGGGAGAAAAUCAGCCUCUG